AUGGAGUAUCCCGGGUUGGGCAGCGUGGAGGCCGUGGACGGCGGAAGGGCCGGGCCAUACAACAGCUCGGAGGAGCGGGAGGGCCGGGAACCGGACGGGGUUCGCUUCGACCGCGAGAGGGCGCGCUGCCUGUGGGAAGCAGUGUCCAGCGCUCAGCCGGUGGGGAGGGAGGAAGUGGAGCACAUGAUCCAGAAGAACCAGUGUCUCUUCACCGACACCCAGUGUAAGGUUUGCUGCGCCUUGCUCAUUUCUGAGUCCCAGAAGCUGGCACAUUACCAGAGCAAAAAACAUGCCAACAAAGUGAAGAGAUACCUAGUAAUCCAUGGAAUGGAGACAUUAAAAGGGGAAAUGAAGAAGCUAGACUCAGAUCAGGUCACCAAAAACAAUGACAUCAACCCUGGGCCAGAUUCCAAUGCAAAGGCCAUCCAUUCAGAAAAACUCAACCACCUUAGAAGACUAGAGGUGUUUCUGCCCAGCAACCCAGGUUGGACCAGCCAUGAGCCAGCUUCCUGUGACUAUGGUCAGCCCUUGGCUCCCUCUUCCUCCUUUCUUACAGCAAGAGAAUACAUUGGAUUGGGCCAAGACACCCUCUGAUUGGUCCAGGCAAAUCUACUCCUGCUCCUCCUCUUUGGUACGGAUCCUAUAGGUCAUGACAGGGGAGGCAGGGGUCUUAAGAUGACUUGAGGUUUCACAGGGUUAUAGUUUGGAGGAUGGCUUUCCUCCUUCCCUGACCCCUCUGGGUCAUAUGUCCUAAAGCUCCAGCACCUAUCUUUGUUCUGAAGGUCAGUUUGGAGCCAGUUCUUGCAGCUAAAGAACAGAGCUCUCCCUCGGCUCUAGGCAUCUCUGGUGAAAUCUGGAGCUUUCAUGCUAGACUCUGGCUAGGACGGGAAACAGCAGGUGGAAGUAGCUGCCACAUGGGAGCUUGGAGCUGAUGUGACACUCCCCUUCCCCCCCAAAAUGCAGGCUUUCCUAAGCCUUGGACCAGAUACUGGCCAGUUUUGCAGAACCAGUUGUGCAGGUUUCUGCCAACUGUAAAGUCUCCGCCUGGAGUAAUGACACAGUCUUGGCAGAGCUUGCUAAUCCUCCUGCCCUUUCUCCAUAGUUCCUGAAUGGUGCUAAGGAUCUGCAGCAACUGGGGACAAGCUGGAGCUGGAGAAGGCCUCAGUACUCAGUAGGAUCAUGGGAAACUCCAAUGGGAACCUUUAGUCUCCUCCAUCAGAGGUUCUCUGACCCAGGGUCAUGUGGGAAAGUCCCCCACAUGGAAUUUUCCUAGAUAGUUCCGUGCCCUUAAAGGCAAACUGCCUCAUGCCAGCCAGAUGAGAGGUCAUUGCUGCCCUUUGGCCCUACUAGUCCUCACCCUCCCCUUGUACAACAGACCACCCUACCCAAGUUGCUGUGGUGCUAGCCUUCCCCCAUCAUGUAUCAGGAGAUUCUUGAGAACCAGAGAGCCAGAUGGGGCCCCAGGGAGAGAAGUGGAGAGCUGAUGAAGGAAGCAGAAGUUCCCCAGGCCCCAAAACCAGAUUUCUCUAACUCUGCUGUGUUUUAUGGCCUGGGACUUAACUGGGAGUGAAUUUUUCCUUGUAUCUUUCAAACAAGAAUUCCAGGGAGUGUCACCAUCAGAAGCCCCUCUUCAUUGGGUCAAAGAAGCCCCUAGCUGCUCUUGUGGCCUCCUCCCCCCACCCCCAUCCCAUCACCUGUGAAAAGCCCUCGUGUAUUGUGUGUGGGUGUGUGUGCAUGUCUCUUGGUCACUGAAAUAUCCAAAUAAAGAAUUUCUCCCAUGAGCCAGACUGCAACUUAACAGACCUAGGGUUGGGGGCCAUAUUGCUAUUGUAUCUAGUAUAUCUACCUUGAUCCCUCAUUCCCACCCCACUCAGACCCCCAGGGCCUUCAUUACUGAUCUUAGUUGUUGAGACAGACAGACAUCCAGAUGAUUUGGCAAC